GGAAGCCAGGACAGAGGGCGGGCGUCCGGGAGGCGGCGCUCAAGUCUGCAGCCGCGCGCUCCCGCCAUGGCCGCGCGCAGUCGCGGCACCGAGCUCGACCUUAGCUGGAUCUCCAAAAUACAGGUGAAUCAGCCGGCAGUUGUGAGGCGGGCAGAACAAAUCCAGGCUCGCAGACCUGUGAAGAAGGAAUGGCAGGUUGCUUGGCUCCUGAAAGCAGUUACGUUUAUAGAUCUCACUACACUGGCAGGUGAUGAUACCUUUUCCAAUAUUCAAAGGCUCUGUUACAAAGCCAAAUACCCAAUCCGGGAAGAUCUCUUAAAAGCCUUAAAUAUGCAUGAUGAAGGCAUCACUACGGCUGCUGUAUGUGUUUAUCCUGCUCGAGUUUGUGACGCUGUGAAAGCCCUAAAGGCUGCGGGCUGUGACAUUCCGGUGGCAUCAGUGGCCACUGGCUUUCCAGCUGCACAGACUCACUUAAAAACACGGCUAGAAGAGAUCAGACUGGCUGUGGAAGACGGGGCUAAGGAAAUUGACGUGGUCAUUAAUCGGAGCCUGGUGCUGACUGGCCGGUGGGAAGCCCUGUAUGAUGAGAUUCGUCAGUUCCGCCAGGCCUGUGGGGAGGCUCAUCUCAAAACCAUCUUAGCCACAGGAGAACUCGGAUCCCUCACUAACGUUUACAAAGCCAGUAUGAUAGCAAUGAUGGCAGGAUCAGAUUUUAUUAAGACCUCCACCGGAAAAGAAACAGUAAAUGCUACCUUCCCAGUAGCAAUAGUAAUGCUAAGGGCCAUUAGAGAUUUCUUCUGGAAAACUGGAAACAAGGUGGGCUUUAAACCUGCAGGAGGCAUCCGCACUGCCAAGGACUCCCUGGCAUGGCUCUCUCUGAUAAAGGAGGAGCUAGGGGAUGAGUGGUUGAAGCCCGAACUCUUUCGAAUAGGUGCCAGUUCUCUGCUUUCGGACAUUGAGCGGCAGAUUUACUAUCAUGUGACUGGAAGAUAUGCGGCUUACCAUGAUCUGCCGAUGUCCUAAAUCAACAACCUGCCUCAGAGAAGUUCUUUGCAACAGUGUUUUUAAAAAAAGAGAUUUUUUUUGCAUAAUUGCUAGUCAUUAUGCAUAUUGCAUAUUGCUAGCCAGUAAAAAUUAGGAGAAUGGAUAAGUGACUUUUUUCUCUUAAAAUUUCUACAGAACUUAAACCUCAGAAUGAAAGAAAAUGCAAACUAAUGUCUGGCCCUCACUUCAAGUACAUUUGAAAUGAUUUUAAUUACCAAAAAAAUCUACACCAUUAAUUUUGUGGAGGUGUUCUCCAAAAAACUCUGGGUAAAAUGUUCAUGAUUAUUUAGACACCAUCAAAUUCUAAAGGGGAAAAAAUGAAACUAACCAGGAAGUGCACCUAGCAAAUGAAAUUACACCACUGCGCUGCUUCCGUGAUGACCCUGGGAACCACCAGCUCUGCACUAAUUCCCUGCCAUGAAAUUUCAGCCUUGAUUUUUGCAGAGGAGAUAUUUCUUUUUACUAACUGUUUUACUUGUCAAUUUUCCAAUAUUGUUAUAUGAAACUAUGAGUGUCAUUCUGUUUUUUAAAUAAAAGACUUCUCCCAUAGUUGUUUACUUAAAAAAAAAUCUUUGUACCCAUUGUAUCACUUUACAUUAUGAUAAUACAUAUUGAAAAAUUGAUCCAUUAAACAUAGAGGUUUUAUCAAUGA